AUGGCGCUUCCUUUUAGCCUCGAGGCGAAGCUGGAGGAGUUUGUGAAUGAGUUGGUCAGUGAAUCGCCUCUCCGACCGGGAGCUGCCAAAGACAAGUUUCAUGAGAUGAUCAGAAUGGAGGACAUGGAGUCCACACCCAGCAUAACCACGGAAGUGAUCUCGCACGAGGGGCUCACACCCACGUGCAGCAGCUCGGCCACGUCAAUCUCGGAUUACGAGCGUUACGAGCUGCCCAUGAAGGUGUCCAUCACUGCACCAUGCCCGAAGGAGAUCCCCGCCCCAUCUUGGUCGACACCGGUGCACGUGCAAGCCGGACACAAGAGCUUUCCAGUUCGCACGGACGCAACCCGCGAGCUCAGCUCCAGGCUGCCUCCACCUUGGGUGGCUUCUGUGUCGUUCCCUUGCCUGAGUACCACACCGGGACCAGAAGUGGGUGCAGCUCCCUUCUCUCCCUUCCCCGCUCCCAUGCCAGUGCCUCCCUUCGGCGCCCCACCUGGGCUGGAGAGGCCCAUGCCACCCAGGCAGCCCAUGGAACCCAUGGCAGCCAUGGCAGCUUCCCAGCUCCCUCCCCGUCGCCCAGGCGCCAGGGCGAGGGGCGCGGGCGGCGCGGGAGGGAAGUUCCUGUGCCGCUUCGUCUUCACGGGCUUCGAUGUCACCAACCAUGCCGACUUCGAGCUGGUCCCUCGCCUCAUCGGACGCAAGGGCUGCAACCUCCGCCCGAUCUCCGAAGCAUGCCGAGGAAAGAUCCGAGUCAUCGGAGGCGAUGGAAGCCAGCGGGCAGGCUAUUUUGGCAUGGACAGCCCAGUGACACUGGAGCUUCAGUGCCACAGCCGGGCGGACUUGGACGAGGGAUUCCAGCAGCUGUCGGCUCUGCUGGAGGAGCUCCAGUGCCACUUCUAUCGCUAUUGCUGCAAGCGCGGUAUCAGCCCGGCACCUCGGCUGUACCACACUCUCCCCUGA